AUGGAGAAGCAGAUUCUGGAAGAGUUUCUCCUCUUAAACGAGGAAUGGCCGUCGGUGGUCACAGAAGAAGAGUGGAGAAAGCUAUUUCCCCGGCGAAACCGUGAAGAUCCUAUAGUCAGGCAGAUCUACGACCAUUGCGUGCGUGUGAGAAAAAAACGGCUGGAGAAGGUGCGGUCCAGCAUUGAUAUUGAAGCUGUGGUUGUCGGACAAGCAGAGCGGAAGCGUUAUCUGAUGAAACAGAAGCUUGAAUCACAUUACUCCGACCGAUUGCCGUCUCAAGAGCAGCAAUCCCCGCUUGUUGACAGUUUUGUCAAGCCAUAUGGGCGCGGAACAUCGCAUUCGGGUGCGAUAUCACCAGCCGCUGUUCCAAUUGAGAUGGCUGCAGCGGCUCCUGGUUCCAUUCGAGAGGAAGUGGAUCAAGAAUUAACUCCCCCUGGGGUAAAAGACUUAAGCCGACCGCUGGAGCACAACCAGAGAGCACCCAUUGGAGAAGAUGUUUUGCCGAGCGACCUAGCGGCGGCUCCUACCAGUCACGCGGGUCCAAUCCCUGCAGUAGCUGUCGCUACCGAAUUUUGCCGCCCGACCGAGCAGAAACCCUUGACAGUGGACCAAAUGGUGUCUCGGCUAUCCUUGGCCCUGCAGGGUGCAGAGCAGCAGCUCUCAUUGCUCGAACAUGAAGCCCAGCGGGUUUCGGAAAGGGUUUCGUCGUCAGUCUCGGUUCUGGAGAGCGCAAUUGCCGAGUUUGCGGAUUCUUCGGCCGGUCAGUAUUUUCUCAAGCGAACGCAAAAAAUACUCGCCUCGUUUACGAAAGACUUAGCGACUGCUAAAGUUCGCCAGUUACGUUCCCAAAGAUGA